CACAGAUCCAGUUUAACUCCAGUAUUAACUGAAGUGCUUAUUUUCUCAUUUCAGAAUACUCGCAGUUAUCCUUUCCAUUGCACUGAUGUUGAGUAGGCGACUGCAAUCUGCUUUUCCAUUCAACGCGAUUCUUGUUGCAAUAAUAAUUAUCCUAUUCAUUUAUGGAAUGGGAUUUUUCUACUAUGUCAGUCAUACGUAUCAUGUGCUUUACUCUCUGCUCAUUACACUGGCUAUCGCGAUCAUAGUACUACUGAUAACAUUCAAUUUGAAAACAAUGCAGUUGGGUGGAUUCAUUUUGUUUUUCACACUAGCAUGUGUAUUUGCCGUAGCGGGAAUCGUUCUGGUGGCUGUCAGAAUUACAGAGCAACUUUUCAGAAUCCUCGGUGGAGUGUGCUUAGCCAUUUCUACAUUCUUCAUUAUGUUUAUCACGGGGUGUGAACUAAAAUUGCAUUUCAAAAGAGAAUCUCCAAGCUCUGCUGUGUUGCUUGAAAUGUUUGUGUAUUUCUUCGAAAUGGUAGCGCUAUUUUUUUCAAUAUACCUAUGUUUCUUGAAUCCCAAAGCUUCCGCCCCUACCACAAACCAAAAGCAGUUGGAGUCUAUGAAACCUCCAUGACUGCGAUUACAACGAUAAAGUGACACUUGAUGCUGAAAAUUCUUCUUUUCUGAAUAAUUCCACAUUCAUUUCAUACAUAAUUUCCACAAGAUUUCUUAGUUAUUGUUUUUUAUAGUUUCCAUUUUCAUUGAUAUCAUGAUACAUGUUCGUCUUAUACUGUAAUAAA